CCUUUAACGUUCCUUAUAUUUGCACGUCCUUAAGCUUCUUCCUUCACAAAUCACACCUCACUCUAUUUUAUUUCAUGUAGCAAACCCUAAUUUUAAAAAACAGCCAAAAAAUGGGCGGAGAUUUUAAUUUAUGUGUAGGAAAUGGGUUUUGCUCAAAGAUUAUCACCAAAUGGCAGGAAUUCGAAAAACAUAUGAAUCAAACCGUAUCGAGUAGCAGAAUUGGUAAGUUUUUCAAGCUAGAUGCUAGAAAAACUUGUUUUACGAAGGAAUUACGUGCUGCUACUACUACUUUCUUAACUAUGUUAUACAUUAUUACUGUUAAUGCUAGUGUUCUUUCUGAUUCCGGCGGCCGUUGCUCGGAAUCCGACUGUUCUCCACCGGGUGGGCCAAACUGUGUUUUGAACCCGAACCCGGGUUAUGAGAAUUGUUUGGCCCGACUCAAAAAUGACCUUGUUGUUGGUACUGCUUUAUCAUCAUUUGUAGGGUCAGUAGCUAUGGGUUUGUUUGCUAAUCUCCCUUUUGGGUUAGCUCCUGGAAUGGGGCCCAAUGCUUACUUGGCUUAUAAUUUGGUAGGGUUUCAUGGUAGUGGGUCCAUGUCGUAUGAGACUGCUCUUGCUGUUGUUCUUCUAGAAGGUGCUGCUUUCCUUCUUAUUGCUGUAUUUGGUCUUCGGGCCAAGUUGGCCCGGUUGAUUCCUUUACCGGUCCGGUUAUCAUGUGCUGCAGGGAUUGGGCUUUUUAUUUCCUUUACUGGGCUACAGUCUCAUCUUGGGUUGGGCUUGGUGGGUCCAGACACGUCGACGUUGUUGACCCUCACGGGUUGUCAGAAAACGGAUCCUGUUAGUGGUCAAUGUCUAGGUGGAAAGAUGCAAAGCCCAACUCUAUGGUUGGGCCUGCUGGGCCUCUUGAUAAUCUCAUUUGGGCUCAUGAAAAAUAUCAAAGGUAGCAUGAUAUAUGGUAUAGUAUUUGUAACACUAGUAUCGUGGUUUAGAGGUACUAGUGUUACAUACUUCCCUUACACACAAAUGGGUGAUAUAAAAUUUAAUUACUUUAAAAAAGUUGUGGAUUUUCACAUGAUAAAAUCCACAUUUGGUGCAAUUAGCUUUGCACAUUUUAAUAAUAGCCAAGUUUGGGUAGCUUUGGUAACUCUAUUAUAUGUAGAUGUGUUAGCUACAACCGGUACUUUAUACACAAUGGCUGAAAUCGGUAAUUUUAUAGAUGAUAAAGGAAGUUUUGAAGGUGAAUAUAUGGCAUACAUGGUUGAUGCAAGUUCCACCAUGGUGGGGUCCGCACUCGGUGUUUCACCAAUUGCGACGUUCAUUGAAUCAACUGCCGGAAUCCAAGAAGGCGGUCGAACAGGACUAACCGCAGUAAUUAUUGGGUUUUACUUUCUCUUGUCAAUAUUUUUUACCCCACUUUUAACAAGUGUACCACCAUGGGCUAUUGGGCCCGCAUUAGUAAUAGUUGGAGUUUUGAUGAUGAAAGUGGUAAAAGAUAUAGAUUGGAGUAACAUGAAAGAAGCAAUGCCAGCCUUUGUUACUAUGAUACUUAUGCCCUUAACUUACUCAAUUUCUAAUGGGAUUAUUGGAGGGAUUGGAUUUUAUGUUGCACUUAACUUGUAUGAUUAUGGUAUAAGAGUGAUUAAGUGGUUAAUUAAGAUGAGAAGAGCUGUGAUUAGGGAAGAAAAUCAAGUUUUAGCUGUUCCUGUGCCUGAUGUUGAAGCUUAAUGUAUGUGGUAAGUUUAGGUAUGAUUAGGAGUUUUAAGUUUAAAAUUAGUAUUAGUUUAUGAACUUAGUUAAAUUAGUAAGAAUUUGCAUGAUGUAUGCACAAGGUUCCAUGAGAGAUCUUCACAUCUUUGUAGUGAGUAGAUACAUAGGUUAGUAAUCUUUCAAGGCUUCUUGUGCAUGCUUUUCUAUGUAUUUUAAUAAAUAUAUUUGGUUUCUUAUGUUA